AUCUUCUGCUCGAGCUCCUUCUUCUCAACCGCAUACUUCUGCUCGCGCUCCUUCUUCUCAACCGCAUACUUCUGCUCGCGCUCCAUCUUCUCAACCGCAUACUUCUGCUCGAGCUCCUUCUUCUCAACCGCAUACUUCUGCAUCUGCUCCUGGUUUUUGCAGCUCUCGAUCUUCUGCUCGAGCUCCUUCUUCUCAACCGCAUACUUCUGCUCGCGCUCCUUCUUCUCAACCGCAUACUUCUGCUCGAGCUCCUUCUUCUCAACCGCAUACUUCUGCUCGAGCUCCUUCUUCUCAACCGCAUUCUUCAGCUCGAGCUCCUUCUUCUCAAGUUGUGUAGUCAGCCAUUGCAUCUGCUCCUUGCCUUUGCAGCUCUUGAUCAUAUCAUGA